AUGGGCUCGAAGACUAGAAUCUCAGCCGCCAACUCGGCCACCGGGAGGCCGAGGAAAAUAUCGAACAGAAUCCCCACGGCGACGCCUCAACUCCGCCGCCGUGGGCCCGCGCGUUGUGCCGCCGACGGCGCGGUGGUUUCCGACAAGCUGGAGACCCUCAGAGACCUCAUCCGUUCGCAGGACGCCGGAACAAAUCCCGACGAGCUGUUCCGGGAAGCCGCCGACUACAUCGUGCGCCUGAAAACUCAGACCCGAAAAACUAAAGGUCGUGGGCAAAGUGCAGAGGGGGUCGAGGAGGAGAUACGGGAGAAGGUGGAACGGGUUUUGACCGACGAGGGGUAUAAGAAUUGGGCGUUGGACCUCCAGGCAAAGGUCGUGGGCGAUGUGCAGAAAGGGCCGUCGUGCAAGAAUCUCAAGAGCUUCGUCGACUGGAUAAAGUACAAGGAUCUUGCGUGA